ACAUUGUACACACGCACGCAUGUUUCAGCCUGCAUUUCUGGUAGCGCUGUAGCUACUAGGGCCUAGCGACUGUGAUCCAGCCACCAAAGGCUUCACAAUUUGAUUUUCAUCAUUGCACUUUGGUGCCAGCGAGGGUCGCGCUUUCAAUGAUAACAGAUUGGGCUGUUCUGGGCCCUUUCUCUAUCGGCACAAGAGAGGACCCAUGGCUUGAUGCAGUUCAAGACAUAUAUGCAGAGAAAAUCGAUUGGAACAAGCGUUACAAGACGACGUUAUGUACAUACGCUUCCUGGACCGCUGUUCGGUCGUCGACAUCAAUGGUCGACAAAGCCGGCCUGGGCGAAGAGAUUUCCAUUUCAAUCUCAUUUCCUCAAGUGAACUGGGAAAGACAUGUUCAGACAAACGGCUGGGCAGCGACUCAAUUUCAAGCGUAUCUGCGUGGGUUCUUUGUCUUGGACCACUGCAGCGACGUCGAUUUGCAGGUCAUGUCAACUCCCGAGUUCCUUCUUGAUGGUGAACGUUAUGAAGGCGACAUUUAUAUGCUAGGAGAGCCUUUACGUCUACACUUGAAUGCUGGUAGGCAUCAACUCGACAUUCGUGUCAUUGCUGAAGUCCGGAUUCUUGGCUUCGCAGCACAGCCAACUUCAAAGAUCGUGGUCAACAUCCAAAAAGAUUGUGCACUGCAAAGUGCAGGUCCUAUUAGGUCUGAACUUACCAGGGACGCGUCCUCAGCUCCCGACGCUCAUCGCCUGUCCUUCCAGCCGGGCAAAUCGCAUUCACAAAUCGGCUCAACCAGAAAUAGCUCAUCAGACUGGAGCCCGCCCGAGAGCAUAGAUCUAGAGUCAGUCAGAUUGUAUCAUCGACCACGCGUACACGAGCCCAGGCAGCCCAGGCAUUUGCCGUAUGGCGACGAUCACAACCUCUCAAGCGCAAUCUACCGUACUCCCUUAACAGAAGCUGCGAAGCCUGGAAAUUUCAAAUCUCCUAUCGUCUUGGCUUUGCACGGUGCUGGUGUCGAUCACCACAACGGAUUCUGGAGAGAUUGUUUCAAGGAUACGUAUCCGGCCGCAUGGAUAUUGCAGCCAGAUUGUGGAAAAUGGGGUGACGAUUACCAUGCCCUCGGCGCCAUCUCCAUCGAUUUGGCCUUGAAAGCGCUGCUCAAAGAGUACCACAAAAUCUUCGCCCCAUCUCCCGAAUAUCAUGUGCCAGAGCCUGACCUUGAUGCUCUCAUCGUACUUGGGCAUUCAAAUGGUGCCCAAGGUGCCAUGCAAUUUGUCAUACGCAACAGCGACCGUGUUAUUGGGGCCGCCUGGGCAGCCGGUUAUCUUUCCAUCAAUCGCUAUGUCCCAUACAGUCAGUGGACCUGUAACGCAGCGUCUCUUGCUGAUAAGCCCGAGUUUGACAUCUUGCGCAAUAUUGCCCUCUUCAAGGAUGUCCCCUGCUUUAUUAGGCAUGGAAUAGAUGAUGACAAUGUCCCAAUCUCCCAUGGACGUCAAAUGGCCUCUGCUCUUGACAUUGACUUGGAAGAGAUUGAGGGAGCAGGGCAUUGGUACGAGGGUAUCUUGACUACAGGAAGAUUUGAGUCAUUUGUGAAUGAGAUGAUUGCCAAAAGGACAGUGGCCAGGCCUCUUCCCGAUGCGUUUUGCGUUAUGUCGUGGGGCACUCCAAUCACAAAGUUUGGCAUGAGUAUCGUACAAGUCGACGACAACUUUAUUUUGAAUAUCGGUGCUCGAUGCUCCGCCACCUUGAGUGUCGAUGGCAAGAGCCUUUCGUUCAGGACCUCGGCUGUAAAAGCUCUCGCUUUUGAGCCAUUGACAAGAAGCCUACUGAAGUCGAAAGGUGUUGAGACGCUAUUCAUUGAUGGCCAAGAAGUCGUUGCUGACAAUCUCCAGAAACAUUUGUCAAGCAUACAAGGAUGCGUCAAGGCAGAAGGAGGACAUUGGCACCUCAUCACAUCACGUCCACGUACGGUUGUUUUACGAAAUUUGACUUGUAUACUGGAAUCCAGCUUGUCAAUCAUUGUGGAUGGCCCUGAGAUACUCGUCGACCGCAUCAUUCAUUCGUUGAAACUCUACCACAACAUCACAGGUGUUUCAAGUACUUUGAAAUCCUUUUUACCCCAUAGACAUUCUCGCAUCGAACUCAAGGUGGACCCGUCGCAGACAUACAGCUCCUUCAAGCUAUCAAAUCAUGAUUUCAGCCCGGAUGCCAUUCUUCUGACAAUCAGUGCUCCAAGCUAUGCAGACCUGAGCAAGUGCGUUCGGUUGAUUCCUUGGAGAACAGGCUAUACGGCCUAUGGCAAUAUGGAGGUGGAUUGGGCUGAGACGAGAAAUAUCCUUGUUUCCGGCUCGUUGGCCAAAUUGUCGAUCCGGUCAUGAAGGCUGCAGCCGUAUAUACAUUGUAGUGAGAUGCAAUUAAAGUCUAAGUCAAUCGAGAAGAAACUAUGCUAGAAUUCCUAUUCAGU